AUACCGAAAUAUCUUCUGUGCAAAGACCACAAUAGCGUUUCUGUUGUUCCGAGACAUUUUCGUAUUCUUCCAACAUGGCCGGAAGUGAAAAAAAUCGUCCUGGGGAAAGUGAAAAAUCAUACUCAUGUGAAGUUUGCUUUAAAACCUUUGCUGGACCUUUUCGUCUAAAAAGCCAUGCGAAAACUCAUGAAAACCGAAAACGGUACUCGUGUGAGUAUUGUCCAAAAGCAUAUUCUAGUCUUAGAUACCUGAAGGAGCAUAUGAAACUUCACACAAUCGAAAAACCGUUCGUGUGUGAACACUGUUCCAAAGCAUUCGCUGAAAUUUCGAUGCUGAAGAAACAUAAGAGAGUCCAUGCUGGCAUAAAACCAUAUUCCUGUGAACAUUGCCCAAAGGCCUUUCAUUGGCGUUCAAGCCUGUCCGCACACAUGAGACUCCACACUGACGACAAACUACUUAAGUGUGAUUACUGUUUUAAGGUAUUUUCUUUGCCUGGUAACCUGAAGGCACAUAUGAGGAUCCACACUGGGGAAAAACCCUUUUCAUGUGAACACUGCUCCAAAAAGUUCACUCGUGCUUCUACUCUGAGUUUGCAUCUCAAAAUCCAUACGGGCGAAAAACGGGUUUCGUGUGAAUAUUGCUCCAAGACGUUUCUCCAUAUCCCAGGUCUGAAGUCGCAUAUGAAAAUCCACACUGGCAGAAAAACCUACUCGUGUCAGUAUUGUCCCAAGACCUUUUAUGUUCCUUCUACCUUAGCAACGCAUGUCAGAAGCCAUACGGGUGAAAAACCGUACUCGUGCGAGCACUGUGGCAAGAACUUUACCAGCACUUGUAGCCUAAGGGCACAUUUCAGAACCCAUACUGGUGAAAAACCAUACUCGUGCGAAGUUUGCACGAAAACGUUUUCACAAUCUCAACAUUUGGCUGCUCACAUGAAGCUUCACACUGCCGAAAAGCCACAUUGGUGCGAGCAUUGUUCAAAGACAUUUUCUCGUGCAUCUGAACUAGCAACGCAUCUCAGAAUCCUUAAGGGUGAAAAGCCAUACUCAUGUGAGUACUGUUCUAAAGACUUUUCUCGUACUUCUUUUCUAAAGGAACACAUGAAAAGCCAUACUGGCGAAAGACCAUUCCCAUGUGAAGUUUGCUCAAAAUUAUUUUCACGCACCGCUCAUUUGAAGAGACACAUGCGAAUUCAUGUGGACAAAUAAAAUGACAGAAACCUGAAGAGAGAGAAAAAUAGGUCGCUCGCUGCUGUUUAAAAGCCAUGUUCUUGUGCAGUGAGGUAGCCAGAGGGGAUAGGAGAGAGUAACGUGCCCCAUGAAGCAACAAAAUUAUAUGAACGCACAUGCCAGGGGUAAAAACUACACUUUUCGGCAUUUAAUUUCGAAAAAAUUUUAUGACCCCCCACCCUCAUGCAUUUUUCUUUGCUAUGUAUCGUAUAUUGGAAUGCAGUUGAUUUUAUACAUCGGAACCUAAAUAAAAUAUUUUUUAUUAAUUUUUAUAGGUAUAUUUUCUUGCUUUUUACGAAAUUUAGUUUAUUAUCUGAGAGAAAUGAUGAAUAUUUUAAACGUAUUUGGGAGGAGACUGAGGACGUAUGCAAAAAACUCUCUUCUGAUGUUUUCGAAAUUAGACAACCACACCUCCACCGGAAAAGAAAAGUGUCAUGAAGUCUUGACGAUAGAAAUUUCCAAUCGGCAUUUUUUUCUGCUUCUGCCCAGAAGAGGAAUACAAAGUUAAUAUUUAUUACCAAGGAUUGGACACUAUCCUCUUCAAUUUAAGACAGAGAUUUUCUGAAAAUGAUAACAAUAAAAUGAAAGUUAUUUCAGACUUACUUCUCAAUUUAAAAGAUGCCAUAAAUGAGUCAUCUGGAAAUAGCAUUGAAAGAAUUUUACAAAAUGAAAUUUGACGUCACCACACAGCUCCGAUUUCAUCACAAUUAUGCUAAAUUAAACUUCAGCAAUCUGUCUCCCACUCUAUCAGAGUUUGGGAAUUCAUUCAUGAAGCACAACUUAUCUACUAGUAUCCCUUCUAUUUUGGGGCUGUUUGAAGUGGCGCUGUCAUGGCCAAUCACCACAGCAAACGCAGAAUAUUCUUUUUCCCACUCUUAGCUGUCUAAAAACUUUUUUGAGGAGUACUAUGGGGCAGGACAGAUUGAGCGAACUAGCGUUAAUGGCUGCUGAACAGCAGGUUAAAGCACAACUGGUGGAGCCCAACGAACUUGACGAUCUGUUAGAAAAAUUUGUAUCCUCAACUGACAGAAGACUUAAUUUCUAUUGACAUUGAAGGUAAUGUAAAACAUUUGUUUUUGUAGGAAAAAAAAUAAUGAGAAAAUACCAACAUAUUUGUAACAAAUAUUAUUAUAAAAAAAGCGUAGCACAAACAUAAUUCGGAAAAACAAUGAGCGUUAAAUCCACAUAGGAGCUCACAGGGGCUGAGCUGGUGUAUUUCCUUCCAACUUUAGGCCAAU